ACUUGUGUUGUUCUUGUUUUGCAGUGAGAUUGUGGACAGUCUGUCUCAGGUGUCUCUGAAGUUUCACACAAUUAAAGAGCAUCAUAAUAAGCAAACAAAAAUCUUUUUAUUUUUAUUUUUCUUUGGUUGGUUCUGACAAGAGGAGAUCUCAGAUCAGAAACCCAAAACGACAAAACACCAAACAUCACAUUCACUUUCUUCUCCUUCUCAUGCUUAUGGCUGUCGUCGCUCCCUCUUCGCUUUCCCUCGGUCAGUCCCAUUGUCAUUCAUGCCGCGGAGAAGGAAUUUAUUGCUUGACAUCGUAUGGGAUCACAAACAAAUUCAAGAAACCUCCUUUAGAUGGUCGAAUGGUUCCUCAUUAUGCCGGCAUAAGGUGCAGGAGUCCAUUUUUCAGUUCAUCACAGUUCCGAUGGCUGUCCGUUGGACGAGACCUUUGCCUCUGGAAAGUUUCAGUUGCUGCAGAUUACUCAGAUUCUGUUCCAGAUUCCUCUAACUUUAUGACUAACGGAGGCUAUCAUCCUCUUGAAGAAUUGAAGGUGGACAAAAAGAACUGGGAGACUAAUCUCACUUCUGCUGAAAUUGCGAGGACAGCAGUUGAGGCUAACAACAGUGCUUUGCUGAUAUUUCCUGGAACCAUACAUUGUGAACCACACGAACAAAUCUCAUGGGCAGAGUUUCAAUAUGUUAUCGAUGAUUAUGGAGAUAUAUAUUUCGAGAUGCUUGAUGAUGCAAACAUUUUAGAAGAUCCUUCAGCUAGUAACCCUGUGAAUGCUUUGAUUGGGAUGGAUAUGCCAAUGUACGAGAACAAAAGGGUGGCUGGUGAAUACAACAUUUCCGAUAAUAGUGGCAGUAUCGAUGAAAUCCCUUUCGAUGAUGAUUAUUUUGAGGUUGUAGAAUCUGAAGUUUCUGAAAUUCCAUUUGAUUGGGGGAUGCCACAUGCUUCUACUUUGAUUCAUCCUAUUUACUUUGCAAAGUGCUUGACAAAGGUUGUUAAUAUGGAAUAUGAUAGGAAAAUGGACCAUCCAUCAAAUGGUGUUUCUAUAUUGGGAUGUCUCAGACCUGCUUUUGCAGAUGAAGAAUCACAUAUAAGAAGAUUAUUUUGCUACGAAGAUGGUGAUGGAUACCAUUCAGAGUGGUCGGAUGGUGAAACUCUCAGCUCUAAUUCGAGAAGGGAUCGAGGGAACAGUGGAUCAACCCUAUACAGGUUGGAGAUUUUGAGAAUAGAGCUAUUCUCCGUAUAUGGUGUUCAGUCUGCAAUUAGUUUGCAAGAUUUUCAAGACGCGGAGCCUGAUUUUCUUGUGCAUUCUACUUCAGCAAUUGUAGAGCGCUUCAGUGAAAAAGGUAUUAGGUGUGAUGUUGCUCUUAAAGCUCUUUGCAAAAAGAAAGGUCUUCAUGUUGAGGGAGCUCAUUUGAUUGGCGUUGACAGUCUUGGAAUGGAUGUCAGAGUUUCUGUGGGGUCGGAAGUACAAACUCAUCGUUUUCCCUUUAAAGUCCGGGCAACUUCUGAAAUCGCAGCAGAAAAGCAGAUUCGGCAACUCAUGUUUCCGCGGGCUCGUCGUAAGAAAUUGAGAAGUCAUGGGACUGGUCUUAGAGACCCUACUUCUUACUAAUUCUAACCGUCGCUUUGUAUUGUGUUAAUUUAGGAACAAAAAAUCGUUAGAAAAAUAACUCGAGGCUUAAAUUGUUCGUUAGAAUCGCCUCUUUUUUUUUUGCUUUAAAUAUUUUUGUACAUUAUUAGUUUUGAUCUUGUAUAGAACAAUGAAAUAAGGUGCAAGAUGCCCCCCAAAAAAAAAAAUUGCUAAAAGCUGAUUAGCAUUUUGAAA